CUCAGUUGUCCCCAAAUUCAGUUUCAUGACAGUACACCGGAUCAAGGAGGAGAGGUGGAAACGACAACAUCUGCAGAAUGUCCAAAGCAAAGGCUCCACCUCCCUCUGGGUGCAAUCUGGACAUCAACGACCCUCAGGUCCAAGAAGCUGCCGUUCGAAUCCAGGCCUCGUAUCGCGGCCACAGGUCCCAAAAAGAGAUGCGGGAGAAAGGCCCUCCUAAGAUCUUACAGGAGCUCAAAGAUGUGGUUCUUGUUGAAGGCAGUGCAGCAAAGCUGGAGUGCAGAGUUAGCGCUUUCCCAGAUCCGUUCAUCACCUGGUACAAGGACGGAAAGGAAUUAAAGGACGGUCCCAAGUACCGUUACGUUUUCGAAGACCCUGAUUUUGUGGCACUGGUGGUUCGAGACGGGGUACUUGCAGAUAUGGGCAAAUAUACAGUCAACAUCAAGAAUCCAUUCGGGCAGACAUCAGGAUUAGCUUGUAUUCUAGUGGAAGUCCCUGCCAAGGUUUCCAAAGGCCCAGAAAACUUGAAGGCCAAGAGGGGAACAACAGUGGUGCUCAAGGCUGACAUAAGGGGGGAGCCGCCCCCAGACGUUGCCUGGCUCAAAGACGGAGAUGACAUUGAAGAAGACGACAGGGUAUUCUAUGAUGUCGGCGACACCAACACAAUUUUGACCAUAAAAAAAGCCAAGCUGGCAGAUGCUGGAAAGUAUGAAGUGUUUGUGGAGAACAGUCUUGGGACUGACCAGUCCUUUGCUCGAGUGGACAUCUUCUGAGGAAACCUACACAAAUGCAAACACUUUGUUGUCUGAUUUAGAGUUUUAUUGAUGCAAUUUCCGCUGACCCAAUUAUGCUGGGAAAUGUACA